UCGGCUUUCUCUCUUUCUCUCAUAAGUUUUCUGUCCAUAUCCCCCGCUCUAUUUAUAAUCAUCCACGGCUCUUUUCCAUUGUCUGCUUAUUUCCAGUUAAACAAAGACGAAUGCCUGGCGAUAGUUAUUAUGGCUGCUCAAACACAGUUUUGUUAUGAAAAUCCGGGUUCACCUUUGCCUAUUCUUCCUUCAUCUGAAACUGGUUUCUGUCUCCAAGAGCUUCCUUUUCAACAAAACGCUUCCAUGGCAGUUUCUCAACCAUUAGAUGUUCAACUGGAGAUUCAAAGGCGGGAACUUGAUUUCUUUCUUCAGUUGCAUAAUGAGAGGUUAAGCAGCCUGCUUCAGAGUAUCGAAACAAAGGCCUUGUAUUUGAUGCGGCAAAGAGAGGAAGACUUGGCACGAGCAAGAAAGAAAAGAAUGGAGGUUGAAGAACGCUUGAGAAGAGUGGAAAUGGAAAACCGGUCAUGGCAAAGACUGGCAGAAGCCAAUGAAUCAAUGGUUAUGGAUCUAAGCAAAAGACUAGCUAUGGAAAGGUGUUCAGCUGAAGAUGAAGGAUCCAUUUUUCGUGGCUCGUGCAACAAAGACCAACAACAAGAAGAAAGAGACAAUAAGAUGGCUUGUAAACACUGCAACUCCAGGGGCUCAUGCGUUGUCUUUUUACCUUGCAGACAUCUUUGCUCGUGCAUAUCUUGCGAACCGUUGCUCGUUUCUUGUCAUGUCUGUAAAUCUGUAAAGGAGGGGAGCAUUAGGGCUUUUUGGGUUUAACAAAGGAAAAAGAAACUCGUUCAUACUUGAACUGUGAUCGUGUGUUUUCGUUUCUAGUUACCUUUUUCUGGGUUAACUACUAUUUUUUCCUAAUUUGGAUUUCUCCCAAAAAGAAAAAAGAAACAGUGUUUUAAAAGCUUAGAUUUCUUUCAUGAGAUAGAUUUCGAUUCACGAGGAAUGGAUGACAGUCUGUUUAGGUUUAACAGUACUGUUUUUGUUCAACUGGAACUUUCCCAGCGUCACCAUUAAUUGUUUCCAUUUUUUUUUGUUUCAUCCAAUGUAUGAUCCUGAUCCAUUGAAAUGACAGGAUCUGUACGAAGAGUGGCAAAAUGAAAGCUUGGGAAAGUCCUUGAAUCUGAAGUUAUGGUUAAAUCUCUUCAUCUUAUCGUUUGUUUUCUUGUAUGGGGCAUCAGAAAACGAGAUGGGAUAUUGUUUUUCCUGAGUCUCCAAACAAAAGCAGCCCACGAAAGUUGACAAACCAGGUUUCCUUUCUGUCUUUAAAAUAAAUCCCUCCCGUUGCGUUUCUCAGCCCUUUUGCCUUAGCAUUGUUGUAUUUGACUAUUCUCCAGCAGUGGACCAGCUUUUGUACGAGUGGAUAUAUACGUGAACAGAUACAAUUAACUUUUCCUGAUGUCAUCUGGGUCCCACCGUGGUGUUCGAUGUGAUUCCGUAGAAGCUUAGGGAUGACAAUUAGGCUGGG